GGUUUCGGGGUCUAUGGGCUGUUUAUAAAAUGUCUAAUUCCCAGAGAAGCCAGAUCGCAGCCGGAGCUGAUAUGAAAGUGGAUUUGCAUGCGCCGAAUCGCGAUUGUCCGGACCAACUUAGAGUAAACAAAUAAUAAUCGCCCAGCACCAACGGCAGAAACCGGUCUGCCAGUGAGAUAGAGACACAGGCUGAGUCAGAGGCUUCGGAUUCUUGGGGAUUAGUGCGGAAAUCGAGGAUUCAGAAUGCCAGGAUUGUGCCUAGGAAUAGUCCUGCUAAUUGGAUUUGGAUACACCAAUUGCUACAAGAUCCCCACACCCACGGUAGAGCUUCUAGAGAAUGGAUUUAGCAUUUCUAUUCCAGAUGAAGAAGGCGUCAAAGUGGUGGCUUUCAAUGUGAAUCGCAAUCGGAACUUUACUUCCUUUAUUAACGAGGGACAGUAUAACGUGAGACUUGUAGAACCCGAGAAUGGCAGGUGGACGAGUAACUUCAGUUCGGUGCCUUUGAGAGCCCAGGAUAUUCUAUAUCUUUGGACAAGUGUGCAGCAUCAAAGAGCUGUGUACCAGGAUCUAGCGCAGCCCCUGGCUGUCUGCAAUCUAGGUGGAAACUACCGACCCAGGGGUUGUUCUCCCAAUGAUGAUGAUUUCACUGAUGACAAUCAACUGAGUACUGAAGGGAGUGCACCGGAAUCUUCAGUUCCCUCCGUUUGUGAACCUUCUGAAACUCAGGUUUCCCCACAAAUAGGUAUUCCCAUCUGUAAGGGACAACUUAUGUUUGAGGAGACAUUCGAUCAGCUGAAUGAAUCUCUGUGGAAUCACGAUGUGCGUUUGCCCUUGGACUCCAAGGAUGCGGAAUUCGUCCUGUAUGAUGGGAAAGCUAGAGCUCAGGAUGGACACCUGGUGAUCGAGCCGCUCCUUUGGUCCAGCUAUCGCCCGGAUCUGUCCAUAUCCAAUUCCAGACUCGAUCUCUCGGAGCGCUGUACGGGAACCCACAACCGACUUAAGGAAUGUGUGCUGCAUUCGCUGGGUAGUGGACCCAGUGGAAUUAUGCCACCCAUCGUAACCCCUCGUAUUAACACCAAGGAAACCUUUGCCUUCCAAUACGGACGGAUUGAGAUUCGCGCCAAGUUACCGAAAGGGGAUUGGAUAGUACCUCUUCUACUACUUGAACCUUUGACAGAGUGGUACGGACAAUCGGGCUACGAAUCCGGGCAGCUGCGUGUGGCCUUGGCCAGAGGUAACUCCGUGCUGAGAAUGCCUCGAGGAAAGCUGGUCGAUGGUAGAUCGUUAUAUGGAGGUCCAGUACUCUCCACAGAUGCCCAUCAAAGGGAGGACUUGUGGCUGAGCAAGCGAAAGAUUUCCCACUUUGGUGAUGACUUCCACGUAUACAGCUUGGACUGGAGCAGCAGUCGAAUGUUGUUCUCAGUUGAUGGACAAGUCUACGGGGAGAUGCUCAAUGGUUUUACGGAAUUGGACGAGAAUCCCAGGUGGAAGCAAGGCGGUCCCAUGGCCCCAUUCGACAGGAUGUUCUACAUAUCUUUGGGUCUAUCUGUUGGCGGUUUUGGCGACUUUGUGGACAGUCUGCGCACCGCCACCUAUGAGAAGCCUUGGACCAACUACCAUCCCCAAGCGAAGCUGCAGUUCUAUCAGGCCCAAGAUCAGUGGCUUCCUACAUGGAAGCAGCCAUCUUUGAAGAUCGAUUAUGUGCGUGUCUUUGCCAACUGAUUCAUAUCUCUAUCCAUCCUAUUAUAAUUACAUAGUAGUGUAUUUAUAUGAAUGUGCCACGCAGAUUCUUAUCGCGAAUAAAGCUCUGAGCUGAACUCGGAAAACCCCAUUGAUUAA